AUGUCGCGGUUUCUACAGAAAAUCGUCCACAAUGAGGCGAUGAAGAAUGAUCCCAAGGAGAUUUAUGGGUGGAGGGUUUACAUGUUGGCGUGCUCGGCAUGUUGUGGCGGGAUGCUAUUUGGCAUGGAUUCAGGAAUCAUUGGCGGCGUUCUAACCAUGCCUCCCUUCAUGGAAACAUACGGGUUGGAGAAUCUCGACAGUGUCGCCCAGGCAAACCUGUCAGCCAAUAUUGUUUCCACGCUUCAAGCGGGAUGCUUUUUCGGGGCUUUGAUAGCCUCUCCCAUAGCAGACAAAUGGGGUAGACGCAUCUCUUUGAUAGGCUCGGCUUUGGUCAGCGCCGUUGGUGUUAUCAUGCAAGCUUCGGCGAGUGGACAUUUGCCUGUAAUGUACAUUGGACGAUUGAUAACUGGCUUUGGAGUCGGCGCUGCUUCAAUGAUCAACCCCCUCUACGUUUCUGAAAACGCACCUCGCGCAAUCCGCGGCGGAUUAACGGGCCUUUAUCAAUUGUUUAUCACCAUGGGUAUUAUGCUGGCAUUUUGGAUCAACUAUGGCUCCCUCCUUCAUAUCACCGGGUCGGCCAUGUAUCUCGUUCCUCUUGCAAUGCAAGGUCUCCCUGCUGUUCUUCUUUUCGUGGGAAUGUUUCUCUGCAACGAGUCUCCGCGAUGGCUCGCCAAGCAAGAUAGAUGGGAAGAGGCACGCGCAACUCUGAGUAAAGUUCGUGCACUGCCAGUUGAUCAUCCCUAUUUGCAAGAGGAAUUCCAGGCUAUUUCUUUACAAUUGGAACAAGAACGAGCAUUGGUUGGGGGCUCGGGAUUCUGGGACCUCAUGAAGGAGAUGUGGUUGAUUCAUGGAAAUCGAAAGCGAGCUAUCAUUUCCAUAUCUUUGAUGGUUUGCCAGCAGAUGACAGGGACAAAUGCUAUCAACUAUUAUAGUCCACAGAUAUUUAAAAACCUAGGAGUAACUGGUAACGCGACCAAUCUCUUUGCAACUGGUGUCUACGGCAUUGUGAAGAUGAUCAGCUGUGGUGUUUUCCUGGUAUUCGUCGCUGACUCCCUUGGUCGACGACGUUCCCUUCUAUGGACAUCGAUUGGACAAGGUCUUGCUAUGCUCUACAUUGGAUUGUAUGUCCGAAUUGCUCCCCCUGUUGAGGGUGCUCCUGUGAUUCCAGCUGGUUAUGUCGCUCUCGUCUGCAUUUUCCUCUUUGCAGCUUUCUUUCAAUUUGGCUGGGGACCUGUUUGCUGGAUCUACGUCUCAGAAAUCCCGAGUGCAAGAUUACGUUCUUUGAAUGUUGCAUUUGGAGCGGCAACACAAUGGUUGUUCAACUUUGUUGUUGCACGAGCUGUUCCGAAUAUGUUGGCUACGGUCGGCUCUAAUGGAUAUGGAACAUACAUCAUAUUUGCUUGCUUCUGUUUCUCGAUGUUUAUCUUUGUGUGGUUCUUCAUUCCCGAAACUAAGGGCAUGUCACUUGAAAAGAUGGAUGAUCUAUUUGGAAUAACUGAAUUGGUUCAACAAAAGACGGAUAUUGAGAACAAUAUCGACGCCGGUCGCGCGGAUAAAGCUAUUGAAACUCAUAUCGAACGAGCUGGAUAG